AACAUCAUUACGGAACAAUUAGUCGUUGAUCAAGUUCCGAGUGAUAAACAUGGACUUCAGUGAUGUAUAUAACUCUGAUGUCAGAGUGAAGAAGGAACCAAAUGAUGUUUCCCCAAUUGAAAAUGAUGAUUAUCAGAUAAUUGACAAUGCUCACGAUGCGAACACUGAAGAAUCCUUGCGAUGUCGAGAAAAUUUUACUCGUGGCCCUGACGAUGUCGAAGUAGAAUUCGAAUGUAAGGACGAGAAGUUCGGCAUUAACUUAUUAGUAGUCAAGAAAAUCGAGGACGAUUAUCCAGAUCAUUUACAGCAUAUGAAAAAUAGUUGCGAUUAUCAGACUCAAAAGAAAAUGAAAGAAGAAAUUGUCGAUGAAAUAAAAGAAGAAUUGAAUUUGGAUGGUGAACUCAGUGAUGCAUUUGAUGCAAAUGAAAAAACAUUUGCUCAGAAUAGUCAAUGCAAAACCCAAACUGAUAAGGCACGCAAUCGUGCCAAACAUCCAUGUAAUAUAUGUGGUCAAAAAUUUACACAAAAAAGUAGUCUCAAGGUCCACACCGAUGGAGUACAUAAUGGUGUUAAACAUGCGUGUAGUAUAUGUGAAAAGACAUUCACACAAAAAGGACAUCUCAAAAUUCACAUCAAUGCGAUGCAUAAUGGUAUGGCACCUACUUGCGAAAUAUGCGGAAAGAAAUUUCAAACGAAGGAUAAACUCAAGAUCCAUAUCGAUGGAGUGCAUAAUGGUGUUAAACAUGCGUGUGGUAUGUGUGAAAAGACAUUCACACGAAAAGGAUAUCUCAAGGUCCACAUCGAUGCAGUUCAUAAUGAUGUUAAACAUGCGUGUGGUAUGUGUGAAAAGACAUUCACACGAAAAGGAUAUCUCAAGGUCCACAUCGAUGCAGUUCAUAAUGAUGUUAAACAUGCGUGUGGUGUAUGUGGAAAGACAUUCACUCAAAAAGGAGAUCUCAAAAUUCACAUCGAUGCAAUUCAUAAUGGUAUUAAACAUGAGUGUGGUAUAUGUGGAAAGACAUUCACUCAAAAAGGAGAUCUCAAAAUUCACAUCGAUGCAAUUCAUAAUGGUAUUAAACAUGAGUGUGGUAUAUGUGGAAAGACAUUCACACAUAAAUGUACUCUCAAAAUCCACAUCGAUGCGAUGCAUAAUGGUAUGGCACCUAAAUGCAAAAUAUGUGAAAAGACAUUCACACGAAAAGAAGAUCUCAAGAGGCAUAUCGAUGGAGUGCAUAAUGGUGUUAAACAUACGUGUGGUAUAUGUGCAAAGAUAUUCGCACAUAAAAGAAAUCUCAAAAUGCACAUCGAUGCGAUGCAUAAAGGUAUGCAACCAACAUGCGAAAUAUGCAGAAAGAAAUUUCAAACGAAGAAUAAACUUAAGAUUCACAUCGAUUCAGUACAUAAUGGUGUUAGACAUGCGUGUGGUAUGUGUGAAAAGACAUUCUUACACAAAUAUACUCUCAAAAUGCACAUCGAUGCGAUGCAUAAAGGUACGGUACCUACUUGCGAUGUGUGCGGAAAGAAAUUCUCAACUAAGACUAAACUUAAAAUCCACAUCGAUGCGAUGCAUAAUGGUAUGGCACCUACUUGCGAAGUGUGCAGAAAGACUUUUUUCACAAAAGGGUAAUCUUAAAAAACACAUGAAUUUGAUGCAUAAUAAGAUAACUUACGCAUGUAAUACUUGCGGCAAGACAUUUACUCUAAAGGACCGUCUUAAAACUCACAUUAAAACGCAUGAAGUCAUUGCAUGCGUUGUCUGCGGAGAAAAAUUUAAACACAGGAAAUAUCUAUACAGACACGUCAAAAGUGAGCACGAGGGCAAUACCCAAGCACGAGAUCAAUGCAAAAGAUCUUAAAACGUACCUAUCAAUACCGCGCAAAA